AUGCAGCGCCAAAACUAUGGGCACUCGCCGCCCCUUCACCACCCGGUGCCGCAACACGUCUCGACAGUCCCCCAGCUGAGAUCGCCGCCGCCGCCGAUAUCGUCGCAACCGCAGACCCAAGGCGCAUACGGCAAUCCGUACCAGCAGGGACAGCCGGGGCAACCGGGGGCUGCAGGAGGCAACAUGUUUGGCCAGUACGGGAACUUCAUGAACGACCCGACGACGCAGUUCGCAGCGACCAUGGGGCAGAAUGCGUUCAAGCAUGGCCAGGAAUACUUUGAGCAGAAUGCCAAGCGAUGGAUCAACAUGCCUGCCCUCAAGCAUUACUUCAACGUCAGCAACUCGUAUGUCGUCAAUAAGCUAUACCUCGUCUUGUUCCCCUGGUUACACAAGCCGUGGUCGCGGAAGCAGACCGUGGGUCCAAAUGGGCAGGAGGGGUGGUUCUUGCCGCCGAGGGACGACAUCAAUAGUCCCGACAUGUACAUUCCACUCAUGGCUCUGGUCACAUAUGUGCUCCUGUCUUCUUUCCUGGCAGGUAUCCGUGGCCAAUUCGACCCCCAGCUGCUUGGCGGCACCGCGGUAACAGCCGCUGUCAUAGUUGGCGUAGAAAUCGCCUUGCUGAAGCUUGGAUGCUAUUUUCUCGGCAUAAACAACGAGUCCCAGCUUCUUGAUCUGGUGGCGUACUCGGGAUACAAGUUCGUCGGUGUCAUCGUGACGGUGGCUAUCGCUGAGCUCUUUACCGGGGGCAAAGGCGCCGGUGGCUGGGUGGGAUGGAUGUUGUUCAUGUACACCUUCUCCGCCAACGCCUACUUUCUGUUACGCUCCCUGCGAUAUGUCCUGCUUGCGGAAAGUACUGGAGAUGUUCGCGGAUCUAUGCAGACCAACACACGAUCCCAACGGACCCAAAGAACAACCUUCCUCUUUGGCUACGCGUACCCCGUGCAGUUGGUUUUCAUGUGGAUCUUGAGUCGGCUGUGA